UCAAAUAAUACUAUAAUUUCGGUCUCGCUAAAAGGUUUCGCUGCACCAAAAUACUCAAAUCACACAAACAGAAAAAUGGCACGGACACAGUUAUGAAUAUUUCCGAAAGAGCGAUCGGCUUCUCUCUAACUCCCCCCAACUCCAGCGAUCUCGAGUUCGUCCCCAACAAUGCGGCGGUGAUCGACGUCUUUCUAGGUACCGUUGGUCAUGGCGGAUUCGAUUUCCCCAGGAAGGUUGUAGGAUACGAAAGCUCGACGGAAAAUACGAACGGCAACGAUCUGUCAGCGGAAUCAUCGCCGCCGUUUGGAUCACUGGCGGAGUCAAAAUCUAUAAAGAGAAUGCCUGGGGUUAGGAGAUUGAAAAAGGAGUUGGAGGAUUUCCCGCCUUUUUUGUCUACACUGGAUAGAAGUGGAAGGCCGAGAUUUACUCUUAUUAAAUUGAGAAGUAAUGGAAGGUUGAUGAUCGCUCUGGCGAGGAGCGAUAGGCCUGUGAUUGUACGGAGUUAUGGAAGAGAUGGUGGAUUGAUACUGGAGAUGGUUAACUGGAAGCAACAAUGUAACGGCGACAGCGGAGACAAUGAAGAAAUCGUUGAAGAAAGGGAAGACAGAGAUUGUUAGUGUUUGGACAUAGGAGAAGAAUGAUAUGGAUUCGGGAUAGAAUAACAUUUUAGCAGAAUUACUGGUUAAAACUUACUGGAGAAGUAUUAAAUUUUUUUAAGAUACGAUAUAAUUUUGUGCUUAUAUUGGACGGCUCAGAUAAGAUAAACAAGAUCAUAUACUGAUUAUAUGAUAUAUUGAAAUUGAAUU